UAAUGUUCCGUCACGUGGCUCAAAAUUUGGGCUCAAGAAACACAUCCAUUCAGUCAUACCGGUUGCUGCGUACUCGAUGGGAGCGAGGAUACCUGAAGGACCUUUACCAUCGCCGACAGAUUCUUGGAGCUGAUCCAGCAAUUUCCCGAUCUUCAUACCCAAACUGUUCUGUGCAAGUACGUAAUCAUCAUUGCUCUGCUGACAAGUCAACUCUUCAAUGGGCUCCUAUCAAGACUUCCAUCGACAACUCUUCGGACGAUUUUGCUGCUAACACUGCUGAAAUGAAGGUUCUCGUGGAAGAUUUGAAAGCAAAAAUAUCUAAAAUCGAGCAAGCUGGAGGAGAAAAAGCCGUGAAAUUACACCGCAGUCGUGGAAAAAUGCUUGCAAGAGAAAGAAUUGACGGCAUUGUCGAUGCUGGAUCACCAUUCAUAGAGUUUAGUCAACUUGCUGGAUACGAGAUGUAUGGAAAAGAGGAAGUCCCAUCUGGUGGAAUUCUCACUGGAGUUGGAAUAGUUUCUGGUCGUGUUUGUGUCAUUGUAGCGAACGAUGCGACUGUCAAGGGAGGAACAUACUAUCCUAUCACCGUAAAAAAGCAUCUUCGUGCACAAGAAAUCGCCCGCGAAAACAAAUUGCCUUGUAUCUAUCUCGUAGAUUCUGGUGGCGCAAAUCUUCCACGCCAAGCAGAUAUCUUUGCCGACAGCCAGCAUUUCGGAAGAAUUUUUUACAACCAAGCAACAAUGAGCAGCGAAGGAAUUCCACAAUUGGCUGUAGUUAUGGGAAGUUGUACAGCAGGAGGAGCUUACGUUCCAGCUAUGUCUGAUCAAGCCAUUAUUGUCAAAGGAACCGGAACUGUUUUCCUUGGAGGACCACCACUUGUGAAAGCUGCAACUGGAGAAGAGAUCUCUGCCGAGGAACUUGGUGGAGCUGAUCUUCACUGUGGAGAAUCGGGUGUUACUGAUUAUUAUGCCCAUAAUGAUAAACAUGCUUUGUACUUGGCAAGAAGUUGUAUCGCGGGACUACCACCAGUCGAGGAGCAUAUGACCUUCAAUCCAAACGCUGAUGAGCCUUUGUAUCCAGCUGAGGAAAUUUACGGAAUCGUGGGAUCUAAUCUCAAAAAGACAUACGACGUCCGCGAGGUUAUCGCUAGAAUUGUCGAUGGCUCUCGAUUCCACGAAUUCAAGGAGAGAUAUGGAGAGACGCUUGUGACCGGAUUUGCUACUAUUUAUGGGCAGCGUGUAGGAAUUCUAGCUAAUAAUGGUGUUCUGUUUGCUGAAAGUGCCAUGAAAGGUUCUCAUUUUAUUGAGCUGUGUUGUCAACGGAAGAUUCCUCUUCUUUUCCUUCAAAAUAUCACUGGAUUCAUGGUUGGAAGAGAUGCUGAAGCCGGCGGAAUUGCUAAACAUGGAGCUAAAUUAGUUACUGCGGUCGCUUGUGCAAAGGUUCCAAAAAUCACCGUUCUCGUCGGAGGUUCAUACGGAGCUGGAAACUACGGAAUGUGUGGAAGAGGAUACAGUCCAAGAUAUGUGUUCAUGUGGCCUAAUUCUCGAAUUUCCGUAAUGGGUGGAGAACAGGCAGCGAAUGUACUUUCAACUGUUCAAAAAGAGAAAAAGAAGCGCGAGGGAGCUGACUGGACGGAUCAGCAAGAUCUUGAGCUUCGUAAACCUGUCGAGGAAAAGUUUGAGAAGGAAGGACACCCAUACUUUGCUUCCGCUCGUCUUUGGGAUGAUGGAGUUAUCGAUCCAAAAGACACCAGAAAGGUUCUCGGACUCGCUUUCCAGUCAACCCUGCAAAAGCCAAUCCCAGAAACCAAAUUCGGUGUAUUCCGCAUGUAACUUGUUGAUUCAGGACCAUCUCACUCAUGUAUUUUUUGUUGUGAGAUUUUUAUACGGAUUUUCUUUAAUAUAGAGCUUUUUGUUAGUAUGUUACGACGGUUUAAAUUUAUUUAGAGUAUAGCUUUGAUUCUGAUUGCUUCCGUUGAUUUCUAACCUGCUUCAUACCAAUCGAGUGCCUUUAUGUGUUAUCUAGGAAUUUUCUCUUUAGUUAUGAAACAAAUAAAGUUGAUAUGAUAAAUAUAUAUAUUAAUUAUUUUACCUCGUUUCUAUUGUAUAUUAAACUGAUUCACUAUGUUUUUAUUUAUUCUGCACAACACAGGGAGAAAUGGGAAAUGGCUUAUAUUUACAGGAGAAAUUUUAGAAUAAAGACAAAUUAAA